UUUAACUACAAAUGACGUCAUCCGGUUAACAGCUAAUCCUGAUGAAAACUUGGUGGUUUUCGAGUUUACUUUUGAGUUUUUGAGUUAAUCCGUUUAAUUCGUCUGUGUUGAACUUUCAGAAGGUUUAGAUCGGAAGAAAACCACCUUUGUAUCAUCAAUCAUGGCAUCGAUGGCAGUGCAGCAAUUUUGUUUACGUUGGAACAAUCAUCAACCGAAUUUUAUAUCGGUGUUCACGAAUCUGCUGACUAGCGAGUCUCUCGUCGAUGUCACGUUAGCUGCUGAGGGGAAGCAGCUGCAGGCUCACAAAGUCGUUUUAUCUGCUUGCAGCACCUACUUCCAGUCACUUUUUACUACAAAUCCAUGUCAGCAUCCAAUCGUGAUAUUAAAGGACAUAAAAUAUUGUGAUUUAAAAACCAUGGUUGAUUUUAUGUAUUAUGGAGAAGUCAAUGUUUCACAAGAGCAGUUGCCUGCAAUAUUGAAGACGGCUGAAACUUUAAAAAUUAAGGGAUUGGCUGAAAUGCCAGAUCAGUUGUCACUGAGUAAGUCUGCGAGCCAGUCGUCAGACAAAUGCGAAUCGCCAUCGCCGAUAUCUCCUUCGGUUUUGAGAAGGAAAAGACUCAGGAAGUCGUCGACAGGCUCUGGUUCCGAACAGACGAGUGAAGAGACUGCAGCAAGUGGUAGUGGCAGCGGAACAGAUAUUGUUGCAUCCCCUAUUAAACUCGAACCAGAGGAAACGGUUCUUCGGAAAGAACCGAGUACGGAAUCAGAACAAAGAGACAGUUCGCACAGCUUCGAAGAAGAAUCAUACACUCCUAGAAAUUUGUCCGAGGAAGGUGAGUCAAAUAUUAGAUGGAGUUCUUCAGAAGAAGCAACAAAACCUGGAACAUCGACCGUGCAGCCACAAGGAUGGAUGAACAACGAAGGCUGCAACGUCCUGUCGGGGGUUGACUACCAGCAGCUCUAUACACAGAACCGCCGGAAAAGAUCCAUCAACCCACAGCAGGACAAGAACUUCAUUGCCGCUUUAGAGGCUGUGCGAACGGGAGGACUUGGAUUCUGUAAAGCGGCAAAACUCUACGGAGUGAACAAUCGUACAUUGUGGCUUGAGUAUAGAAAGAGAGGUUACCCGAUAAUGAGGCCUAGCACAAAGUCGCGCGCCAGUUACAAUGAUCCAAACAAUGCGAUGACCAAACAGAAAGUCGCCUCGUUGGACCAUGCUUGUACCGUACAGAAAAUUAAACUCGUAUCCCCCUCGAUAUCACAGCCUCCAUCUCAAACCACCACUUCCCACAUAAAUUCAUAUGAUUAUUAUCAACCCUUUAUCAAUUACAAUCCCUUGUGACAAAUACCUGCAGUUGAUACUGUUGAAAAUUCAAUGUUCCGUUCAGAAAUGUUUUUUCAAUAGCUUUUUUUAAAUGUAUUUUUCUAUUAAAGACUUUAUUACUUUAUGUUAAUAUGAUAAUGGUUUUAUUUUAUAGAGCUUUGCCGUAUCUGGAACUAUUUUUUAUGCCCCAUAAAAGAUAUAAUCUAGUCUUUGAAAAUAACUGUCAUUUUUAUUAGCUUUGAUUGAGUGGAACAUAUACAGCUGUAAUCUUUCUUUUUUUAAUUUUUUUAUUGUGUGUUUUAUAUAAUUAAUAGUGAAUGAGAUGAAUAUUUUAACAACAAUGUUUUUUAAUUUUUUACAUACGUUACUAGUGUUAGGAAGUAUAUUUGCAGUUUCAUGAGUUUUCCUCUUGAGGUCUGCAGGCAAUGAACGUAUAAUUUGGUCAUUACUGAUCAUCUUGAUUUGUCUUUUCAUUGGGUUGGUUUGUUGUGUUUUGACAUUUCGCCAAUUUCUGUGUUGGGCCUCUAGCUUGAGGCUUUUUAUUAGCCUCCAUUUUUUUGACCAAGCUUUUCUUUGCCUCUUCAGUAGAAACUUUUCUUCUGUUUUGGUUAUUACCGAUCAUUUUACCUCGUUAGUUCUCAUUUUAUCUUCAUAAUUUCUGCACUAAAUGGAGACAUGCCGAUACAGUCGACAAAUCAAUCAAGCAAGGAUAGGACAGACCAAGAUGAUCAGUAGGCAUCAAAUUAAAAUUUAAGUUCUUUUUUUAUAUUGUUAGUAUAUUUUUUUUAUAGUUGAUUAGUUAUUUUAGAUCUCAUACGUCACUCUAGUAUUGUUUUUUAAAUGUUAGUUUACUGUAUAAGACCCUUCGAAAUACCUCUGUAAACAAAAUACCUCAUUACCUAUCCAGUACUUUACUUUUUUGGUGCCAAAGUUCUAAUUUUUCUGACUUUAUUUUCAAACAUGACUUCUUUCAUAAAUUUUAUCCAGGCCUUUUUCAUUGAAUAAUAAGAAAUGCGUUUAAACUUUAUUUUGAUGAAUUGAUCAUAUCAAUUUAUUAUUGACUUAAUUUUCCUUUAGUGGCCUGAAAAAACUAGGGAUCAUUGUAUAAUUGUACCAAGGCAGCAAUAAUUUUUCUUUUGUGGUGUUGGAGGACUUCGAAAAUAUCUCUACAACAAUUGCUUUGGGAUGUAAUUUUGUACUGUCUUAAUUGUAAUGUGGCUUGGCUUGGCUACUUAAUCUUUUGUUUAAAGCUUUUGCGGCUAAUUUUUUUUGUCUGUUAUUUCUGUGUUUUUGAAUUAAAAUUUAUAUAACUUUGUGUCAGCCAUGGCAGAAGCAAGAUGGUUAUAAAUUGAUCAUGAGGUUUGGGUUUUUGUAAUGCUUAUAUGGUCUUAGAGGCUCUCUAUCGAGAUUGCUGCAAGCACUGUUAUGAUUACGCUCUUAAAAAAAAUUCUGAGGCAUUCCUUUGUCAUUAGUUCUUUGGCCAAUAUCAAUAAUUUAGCCUUCCCUUCUUCAGCAGAAAUGUCCAGUCCAUCCAACUAUUUCACAUUUGAAAGAUAAGUCGCAACAUUGCGUAGCUAACAAAGUGGCCAAGAUAUCACUGUGAACUUUUAAGCUGCUAGUACCUCUUGAAUAUCAAUAUAUCUAAAUAAUAUCAAUGUAAUUUUGCACCAAAUGUUCCAUUAAGGAAAAUAUAUGUUGUAUUUAUUAAAUAUGAUGGUUUAGUGUAAGUUAAAUAUCUAAGAAAAAUGUUUUAAUAAAAAUUUACUAAACUUUUCAUAAUAAUAAAUUAUAGUUGAUUGUAUAUACAAAAAUAAAGUGAUAUGAAAGAAAGCUUUAAUACUUGACAAGGUAUCCUCCCUUCUGAGAAAUUAUUUUAGCAUAUUCACAAUAUAUUAUUUAUAAGUAUCACUCUCACAAUGAUUGCAUUUCAUGACUUAAUGAACCAUUGUUAAGGAAUGGUUACAUUUCCAUAUUUAAAUAAAAUAGUAAAAUUUUUGGUGUUUGAAAACUGGAAAUGUUUCAACUUUAAAUCUGUCAAUGAAAUUUAA